UUGUUUCACUACAAGUUUAUAUAUUCUUACCGCGCAUAUAAUCUAAAAUUUGUUUACAAUAAUGUAGCUAGACAACAGCCUUAAAAUAAUUGUUGGAAUUAAAAUUAAUUUGUGUAAAGCACAUAGACAUAGAGCGCAUUUGAUUUUUUUUUAUGACUAUGCUUCAGACUUACAUGACUUUUUUCUCCACUAUUUUAAAAUGAUAUGCCAUUUACUUAACAAUAAUGUGUUUAUAAGCAUCUCAAAAUAAUGCAUUAAAAAGAAAUCUUAUACAUAUAGGUUCUAGAUUUUCUUAUUAGGGUCUGUAAUGUAAUAAAUCUUGAUUUAUUAAAAAAAAAAUUUUGUUUAUUUUUGUAUAUGAUGGUCUUGUGAAGAUAUGGUAACACUACAAAUAUUUUUAAAUCAUUACCAAAAUGUUUUAUUUACUUUUAAAAUUAACAUAUUGAGCCUAAUAACAUAACAGUUUGAACUUAUUUAAGAAAAGUAAUUAAUUUUUUUAAAAUUAUCGUGUUAGCGUUUUUAGUACAGUUCACAAAAUGAAAAAUUCAAACUUUAUAAUUUUAUUGCUAAUAACUUUUUCCACAAGUAAAAUUGAAAGUUUCGUAAGAGAAAAACGUUAUGUAGAAUUUCCAAAAGGUGGUGCAAUGGGGUUAUUUCUUGCUGUGUCCGUGCCUGUUGGAUCGGCAAGAAAUAAUGUAUUUAUGGCAUAUAACUUUGAAGCUAGCUAUAAUUUACCAUAUAAUGAAACUAUUGAAGGAGACGGCCUAAAUUGGCAAACUGUUGAUGCAACCGAAGCACGAUCAAAAAUUGGUUUUAAUCGUACAAUAGCAUACAAGUUAUUGGAAUCUAAAAUGGAAAAUCAUGGUUAUCCUGGGCAAGCUUGUUUGUUACGUACAAUUUGUGAAUUAUCCGCUUCCUCAAUUGAGCAUAACGGUGUUUUGGGAGAAAUACUUAAAGUAGUUUUUGAACCUUCAACGUCCGAAGAUGAACAAUUACCUAAAAUAUAUAAUGAAGCAGAAAAUGAUGGUAAAACUUAUGGCAUUUGUACUAAAUAUCAUUCCAAAUGUGGAAUUAGUGUCUUAGAUAUGGUUUCAUGGAUGGGUAUAUAGCAUUAUUUUUACGUAUUACCCUCAAAACAGAAAAUUCAAGAGGGCUAAAUUGUUUUAGAAAUGUAAUAUCAAUUUUUUUUAAAAGUAAUU